AUGGUGCUUUUGCCUUCAUUUUUGGACGGGUUGGCGAGAAGUGUGUCGACAAAGAAAAGUAAAAACACAUCGGAAGAUGAAAAUGGAGGGAGAGAGAUCGCAAAAUCGAUGGUGAAAGAUUCAAAGAAGAACUCAACCUUGCUUGGUACUUCGGGAUUUGUUAACUCCGAAAAUUCAAAGAGAUUUACCUCUAUUUGUUCUAAUAGAGGUGAGAAAGGAAUUAACCAAGAUCGUGCCAUUGUUUGGGAGGGAUUUGGGUGCCAAGAAGACAUAACAUUCUGUGGGAUGUUCGAUGGACAUGGACCAUGGGGACAUGUGAUAGCCAAAAGAGUAAAGAAGUCAUUCCCAUCUGCUCUCCUUUGCCAAUGGCAACAAACUCUUGCAUCCUUAUCAUCGUCGCCGGAAUGUUUCUCUCCGUCUGAUCUAUGGAAGCAAGCUUGCCUGAAAACAUACUCCCUCAUCGAUCUUGAUCUCAAGAUCCAUCCUUCCAUUGAUUCUUAUUGCAGCGGGUGCACCGCUCUCACCGCCGUCUUGCAGGGUGAUCAUCUUGUUGUAGCAAACGCGGGUGACUCACGAGCAGUACUAGCAACAACUUCUGAUGAUGGAAACGGUUUAGUGCCGGUUCAGCUCUCGGUAGACUUCAAACCGAGCAUUCCCGAGGAGGCAGAACGGAUAAAACAAUCAGAUGGACGAUUGUUCUGCCUAGACGAUGAACCGGGAGUGUACCGGGUUGGUAUGCCGAAUGGAGGAACGCUCGGUUUAGCUGUCUCAAGAGCAUUCGGAGAUUACUGCCUUAAAGACUUCGGUUUGGUCUCUGUACCUGAAGUGACAUACCGAAAGAUAACCGACAAGGACCAGUUUCUCAUCUUGGCCACCGAUGGGAUGUGGGAUGUGAUGUCGAAUGAUGAAGCAGUGGAGAUAGUAAGAGGAGUGAAAGAGAGAAGAAAGAGCGCAAAGAAAUUGGUGGAGAGAGCCAUGGUGCUUUGGCGUAGGAAGAGAAGAAGCAUCGCCAUGGAUGAUAUCUCUGCUCUCUGUCUCUUCUUUCACCCUUCUUAA